UGUUUUCAGAUUUUUAUAUUCAUUUUCAUCUGUUUAACGUUCCCACACGGAAACACUUGUAUAAGAGACUGCCCGUACUACGAGCCCAUACGUUUCCAGGUGAUAGUCGACGGGGAGAACACGAAGGAGCCGUUCUCUAUUCACAGUCGCCCAUGUUCUUUGGUACGUUCCACACCUCCCCCAUCGAUCAGCUGUGAGCUGAACAAAAACAUCAGAACGGCUGGAAGUGAACCUGUGCUGCGAUACAGUGCUAGUGCGGGGACAGGACACCGGAGCUCUUACCCUCGCCGCCAGGGGGCGCUGCACUCCGGGGGAGAAAUCCUCGCACUGCUGAAUAUCCUUCUUUAGGACCUUCGGAACCGGCCAGCACUCCAUGACUUCAUCAUAACACCUGACUGACCCCCGUCCUGAUUACCAGCCAGUGCCCUCGGAUUGUGGCUCUGUAAAGUGACAGAUACUAAAAUGCCAUUUAGUGAUGAUAAACCCUUUGGAAAUGAGGACCGGAUGAGCGAUUCUGAUGGCUCACGCCUGUCAGAAAGUAUGGCUUGUUCCUCCAGUGACAGCGAUUCUCCCAGGGAAAGUUUUACCAGCGACACGUCCAGCAAGCACGCUUCUCCUGUGUCAAGCCCACCAAGAACAACAUCCUUUGAUGAAGUUAUGUCAACCACAAGGAACUUGUCUAACUUAUUAUUAGCCCAUGAAAUUGUGGCUAAUAAAAACUUUCAUCUUGAUACCAUAGAUCCCCCCAAAAAUAGUUUGGAAGGACGAGUAAAGCAGAUUGUCCACAAAGCAUUCUGGGAUUGCUUGGAGUCAGAUCUUAAGGAGGAUCCUCCAGAAUAUGAACAUGCCAUCAAGCUUUUUGAUGAGAUAAAAGAGAUUCUCCUUUCCUUCUUAACUCCUGGUACAAACAGACUUCGGACCCAAAUCUGUGAAGUUCUAGACGUGGACCUGCUAAGACAACAGGCUCAACACAAUGCUGUUGAUAUUCCAAAGCUUGGCAGUUAUAUCAUCAAUAUAAUGUCAAAGUUAUGUGCCCCUGUUAGAGAUGAUGAUGUUAAAAAGCUGAAAGCCAGCGGAGACAUUGUACAAAUGCUGAGGGAUGUCUUCCAUGUGCUAGACCUCAUGAAAAUGGACAUGGUGAAUUACACUAUCCAUAACAUUAGACCACAGCUUCAUCGCCAGUUAGCAGAAUAUGAGCGAGUCAAAUUCCAGGAAAUACUUGAAAAAUCCCCCGAUGCACUGAAUCAAACCAUCAAAUGGAUUGAGCAGUCUUUUAAAGAUGCAGUAGAGGCAAAAGCUGAAGAGGGCACAUCCAGUGCAAAUGGAGUGUCUGUGGACAACCUGAGCCCUACCUUGGUGCUGAACAGUGGUUUUGUAAAACUUCUUCAUAUGGACUACAACGGCUUUGUGCCAGAGACAGUCAUCACGGAUGACCUGCGUAUUGUAGACUUAAAGAACAAGCUGCAUCAAGUUAAACUGGUAGCAUGUGUAUGUCUUAUUACCCAAAAUGCAAUGGGCCCUGUAAGCACUACUGGAUUUAUUGAACAAGUCAAAGAAAUCACAGCUAUUCUCCUUCAAGACCUAAACAAAACAACUAAUUUGAAGGAGGCUCUUACUGCAAUGAGCACGAAAAUAUCCUUUCAGAUGAACAAAUCACUGACAGAAAGAGAAUUACCUGCACUUAGCGCUGAGGCUAAAAGUAACCUGGAAGGACAAAUCUGCAGCCUUACUGAGAAAGGUCACCCUAUCUACAACCUAAUUGAAAAACGGAUCCAAGAUUACUUGACCACAUUUCUUUCUCUUCCCUACCCAUACAAACAUGUUCCUGUACUUCCUGGUGGUCUUACACCUGUCCGUAAGGACAUGGAGUUCAUUGGAUUCCACUAUGCGAGCAUUGUGAAUUUCAACAAGCAGGUGUAUGGGCCGUUCUACGCGAAUAUCUUUCGGAAGCUGCUUUUCAGUCAGCCACAAGUAGGGAAAGUGGAGGCCCAGGCGUAGACAGGACAACCAUUAAAUAACUCCACCCCCUUGUAUAAAUAGUGGUUCCUUAAUAGAGAACUUGCGCAAUGAAAAUAAGAUGCUUUUAUAAAGAGUUUUAACAUGAAUUAUUCAGUAGAAACUACUGAAUACAAAAGUUUUAUGUUUUUAAAGAAAGCAAUGCCAGUAUUUUUUUAGACUAUUAAAAAAGCUGAAGCUUGGGGGCAGAUGAAGGAAAAGGUCAUGUUUAUUUGUAUCUGGGAGUGACAUUAGGUCAUAUUGGUUAUUCUAAAUCUCCUGGGUCUCUUAUACAACUGACUCUAUGGCUUUAUAUUUAGACCUGGAUAACCGUGUUCAAGGGGUUGUUUGGGACAUUUAAAACGGUGCCUAAAUGUAGAAGUGCUAAAAUAACCAUAUGAGCAUUACUCACCUAGAAAAUCCUCCGCCGCUCUGGGGCUCCUGCCUGUCUCUGCUGCUGUCCUGAAGUGACAAUGUUGAGACUCCCACGAGUAACAGCUGCAGCCAGUCACUGUGCUCACCAUCAUCACUGCAGGACAGCAACUGAACAUAAGAUUACUGUGUGGCAAGAGUUACAGGUGAGUAAAUCCCUCCAUUCAGGCAUGUUUUUGUUUUUUUUUGUUUUUUUUUCCCACCAGUAAUAUUGAACUGAAAACUUGGGGUAUCAAACUAUCCCCAAGAAGCAUCUGGGUACAGUCAAAAAUGCAGAUACAGGAGAACAUAUUAAUGUAUAGGACAGGUCCAGUUAAUAGUAAUGGAAAUUACAGACUGAAUCUGAAUUAAAAACGCAGUCACUGAUCCUAUAAAGAUACAUCUCUGGGGAUGAGAAAGAGGUAAAGGGAAUUGCUGGGGUUGGGAAACAAACUUCUGUGACAUGUGGAUCCAACUCCAGUCAGUGUUCUCAAUCAAAGGGCAAGACAUUCUUUUAAAUGUCCCUGGCAACCCCUUUAAUUGGUAGAUAAAAAUGUAUAUAUUUGUAUAUUGAGCUUCUAUGGACUGGAACGUUUGUGUAGCAGACCAUUAGGGCAGAUUAUAGGCGGACUCUGACGCCACUCAGCCCACACUUGUACAUGUGUAUUGUACAUUUGUCAUAUGCUAAUACUGCUUCAUAAAACACUAGUGUCAUAAACAACGAGUUGAAACAUGCAGUUUUACAGAAGAAUAAUUGAAGCAUCACUAACUUUCCCCAAAGAUUUCAAUUUCAUAGAAACAUAGCAAAAGUUCUAAUCGUGCUGGGGCCCCCACCAAUCUCUAGAAGGAGGGAGAUUAGAAUGAUAUAUUGUGAUUCUCUCUCCUCAUUCUACAGAUUGGUGAGGCACUCAGACCCCCAGGGAUUAAAACCUAACUCU